AUGUAUUUCCAUCGCUUUCUAGCCAUUUUGACGCUCGUUUCCACCAUAUACGCUCUCGCAGACCAGAAUAAUGGACAGAACGACCAGGGUAAAACGCUUACAAAGACGACUGUUUGGGUGACCAAAACAGCAAAUGGAAAACUCACAACACUGCCGCUGGUUUACCAGCAAUCUUUUAAAACAACCUACACAGAAGCCGGUAAUAGUGAUGUCAAGUCGGGCGGCGUAGGACUAGGCUCCCAGACCGGAAAUGUUGGCGAAGUCCGUAGCUAUGAGCGCACCACUAUUCUGAAUACCAACGCGGGUAACGAAAUAACACCUAAUAUUUACUCAGGAUUUGCUGGAGCAUUGUUGGCGUUGGUGGCUGCGGUUGUAUAG